AUGUCUCAGUCUCUGCGACCUUACCUGCAGUGCGUGCGCAGCAGCUUGACGGCAGCGCUCACCCUGUCCAACUUCGCGUCGCAGACGGCAGAAAGGCACAACGUUCCCGAGAUCGAGGCUCAGACAUCCCCCGAGGUCCUUCUGACGCCACUGACGAUUGCGCGAAACGAGAACGAGCGCGUCCUUAUCGAGCCGAGCAUCAACUCCAUCCGAAUCAGCAUCAAGAUCAAGCAAGCCGAUGAAAUCGAGCACAUCCUGGUCCACAAGUUCACCAGAUUCCUGACCCAGAGGGCCGAAUCGUUCUUUAUCCUGAGAAGAAAACCGAUCAAGGGCUACGACAUAUCCUUCCUGAUAACAAACUUCCACACGGACGAGAUGCUCAAACACAAACUGGUCGACUUUAUCAUCCAAUUCAUGGAAGACGUGGACAAGGAGAUUUCGGAGAUGAAGCUUUUCUUGAACGCGCGAGCCCGAUUCGUGGCCGAAUCCUUCUUGACUCCGUUUGACUGA